CUUCUCCGGCAGCGGCCAGCCUUGUGACUCAACCUGCACUGGUCCGCUACAUCCCCGAAUUGUGAUAAGGAUCGAGGUCGCCACGCUGACGCCAAACGAACCGCUCCCCGUCACAAUGCUAGACGUCAACGACUUCAUCAAGGAGCGGGGUGGCGAUCCGGAGAAGGUUCGCGAGUCCCAGCGACGCAGACACGCCAAUGUCGAGCUUGUGGACGACAUCAUCGGCCUUUUCGAAGAUCAUCGCAAAAGUUUGUCACUAUGCCGCCUUUCUAGCGUGGAGGUCGGGUGGGUGCUAAUGUGCACCCCUCUGUUGCAGCCCAGUACAGCGCAACUCAGGUGAACGGCAAGAUCAACGAGGUUCAGAAGCAGAUUGGGGCGAAGAAGAAGGUAUGCCGGCUGCGACGCGAUUCUGGGGCACGGGACUAAUUGUGAGGCUCCAGGCUAAGGAGAAUGCCGACGAGCUGCUGCAGCAAAAAAUUGAGCUGGAAAAGGAGAAGAAGAGCCUCGUCGAGUCUGCCGCAGAGAAGGAUGCCUUGUUGAAGACUAAGAUAAAGACGAUCGGCAACUACGUCCACGACUCCGUUCCUGUCAGCAACAAUGAGGACGAUAAUGCAGUCUUGCGCACGUGGCCGGAGGGCAUCACGCCCGAGAAGCGCAAUGUCCUCUCCCAUCAUGAGGUUCUCCUCCGCCUCGACGGAUACGACCCUGAUCGUGGAGUCAAGGUCGUCGGCCACCGCGGCUACUUCCUCCGCCAAUGGGGCGUAUUUCUCAAUCAGGCCCUGAUCAACUACGGCCUCGAGUUCCUCACGCAGAGGGGCUACACAGCCUUGCAGGCUCCUCAGUUCAUGCUCAAGGAGUACAUGGCCAAGACAGCUCAGCUCGAGGACUUUGACGAAGAACUCUACAAGGUCGUUGACGGAGAUGCCAAAAAUGACAAGUACCUCAUCGCAACGUCCGAACAACCAAUCUCGGCCUUUCAUGCCGACGAAUGGCUUAUCGCCAAAGAGUUGCCCAUCAAGUACGCUGGAUAUAGCUCUUGCUACCGCCGCGAGGCUGGUUCUCACGGCAGAGAUGCCUGGGGCAUUUAUCGGGUGCAUCAGUUUGAAAAGAUUGAGCAGUUUCUCCUCACGGACCCUGAAAAGUCAUGGGAGGCGCUUGAUGACAUGAUACACGUAUCCGAAGAGUUUUACCAGUCGCUGGGUCUGCCAUAUCAGGUCGUGGCGAUCGUUUCUGGAGCGCUCAACAACGCCGCCUCUAAGAAGCUUGAUCUGGAGGCUUGGUUCCCUUUCCAGGGCGAGUACAAGGAACUUGUGUCGUGCUCAAAUUGCACCGAUUACCAAUCACGCGCCCUCGAAAUCCGCUUUGGAGCCAAGCAACAGACGGACACCAAGAAAAAGUAUGUGCAUUGCCUGAACGCCACGCUCUGUGCAACGACGAGGGCCAUGUGUUGCAUCCUCGAGAACUACCAGACAGAAGACGGCCUUCGCGUCCCGGAACCCCUCCGCAAGUACUUGCCGGGGGCGCCCGAGUUCAUUCCGUUUGCAAAGGAGCUGCCCAAGGAGUCGACAUCCCAAAAGUCGCUGCCCCAGAGGACAAAGGGCCAGAAUUGAAGCUCGGGUUGUAGGCAACUUGCCGAUGCCAUGAUGCGUAGGGCAGGGGGGAACGUGGAAGUAACAUGGAGGGAAGAUGAUGGCCCGCGGGGAUAUAAAGUGUUUGUCAGCUAUAAUUUACCCGAUUAGGCCUUUUACGUGCUCGGCGGGCGAGUAAGUUAGACAUUUCCACGCCUUUCGAACUGAACUCCGUGGCCCAGUGGUCAACCCACUUAUUGCUCCCCGUGCCCACUACCCAAUUAGCAG